AUGAAUGGUGAGAGAGGGAAAGAAAGAAAGCCUCUCCAAAAAGCUAACCCAGCUAGAUGUAUUUCUUCAGUUACACUCGCUGAUUGGAAGAAGGCGCAGCGCACACAGCCAGCGUACUAUAUGAUGAGUAAAUCUGGGGAACUCCCCACAGCGCUGAGGCAGUUACCUGUAUCGACAAGGAGUAACAACGGAACCCCGCAACCGCAGUUUGAAUACCGAGGUGGCACCGUCGCUGGAAAGGGGCAAUCCUUUGACAAUUGGAAACAGCAGCCAUUCAGAGAUACCUCCCCAUUCUACCUAUUGGGGGCGAACGUGAACAAAUCUCAAAUUGAUGAUGAUUCUGGACUUUUGGGUCAUCAAGUUACGUUCGUUAGGAUAGGUUGA